GUACCGGGUAUCUCGUCUAGUCGUGUGAUAUGACAGAAGACGGGAAGUUCCGAAUUGAGAAGUUCGAUGGUACAGAUUUCAGUUGGUGGAAGAUGCAAAUUGAAGAUUUGCUGGUUCAGAAAGAUUUGGACGUGGUUUUGGGUGACAAGCCAGAAAAGUUGUCAGAUGCAGAUUGGGCAGGUUUGGAUCGGAAAGCUAUGUCCGUGAUCCGUCUCUCGUUGACCAAGAAUGUUGCGUUCAACAUUCUGAAGGAGAAGACAGCGAAAGGAAUUAUGGAAGCGUUGUCUAACAUGUACGAGAAGCCAUCUGCAGCGAACAAAGUUUUUCUGAUUAGAGAGCUGGUGAACACAAGAAUGAAAGAAGGCACUUCAGUUACCGAGCAUAUCAACAAGUUGAAUUCGAUCUUGGCCAGACUUUUGUCAGUGGGCAUUAAGUUCGAUGAUGAAGUUCAAGCUUUGCUACUGCUAUCGUCUUUACCUGAUAGUUGGUCUGGAACGGUUACAGCGGUUACCGGUUCAGUGGGACCCGAUGGAUUCACCUUUGAUCAGAUUCGAGAUCUCGUUCUUGGCGAGGAUGUCAGAAGAAAGAGUUCAGGGGAGUCAUCUGGUGAAUUGCUUCAUGUUGGUAGAGGCAGAAGAAAUAGCAAAGGUAGUGGGAGCAGGAACAGACAAAGGAGUCAGUCGAAGACUCGUGACAGCUCAGGUCUAACGUGCUGGAAGUGCAAGGAGGUGGGGCAUUUUAGGAAUCAAUGCCCGAAUGACAAGAAAGUGAACAUUGCUGAAGGCUGCACGAGUGAUGAAGAGAAUCUAGUUGUUGGGGACUUUGGAAAGGUACGACUAGCAGACGACAGUGCUCUUGAGGUGACGGGCAUGGGUGACAUGGUGUUGAAGACCUCAGUCGGUUUCUGGACUUUGAAGGAUGUCAGAGUGGUUCCAGCCAUGAAGAAAAGUUUGAUUUCUGUCAGGCAGUUGGACGAACAGGGACACGAGGUGAAGUUCAGAGAUGGGCAGUGGAAGGUCGUGAAGGGAAAUCUUGUCAUGGCCCGUGGAAAGAAGAAAGGUUCGUUGUAUAUGGUCGAGUUACCAUCUGAGGGAGUGACCGUCCCAGUUCAGCAGAGAAACAAAGUCCGGUUCACAGAGUCUCGUGAGCAGAAUAAGGUUGUCUUUGCAAGAGAGAAACCUAGAGCCAUUGGUCAGACUCAGGAUGAACGAGCAUGGAAAGGUUCAACGGGGCCAGUCAGAGGUAUUUGUGGCAGUGGGAGCUCAAGAGGCGCUUCAGCCAAGUUGCCUAGAAGACAGUGGGUCAGAAGAACCAUUAUUCCAGCUGUUGAAACAUCUCCAGAAAAUUUCUUGCUAAGUAUGGAGAGUGUUUGUUCUCAGGAUGUUCCAGGAUUCGGUAGUGUGCAUCUGCAGUGGGAGCCGGUAGGGACCGAGGAUGAGUCAGGGGCAGAUUUAGCCGUGACUGAUGUGUUGGAGCUUGGGAGAGCUUCAACGGGCCUUUGAGUUGUCUGAGGAGAGGGCCGCUGCAACAGGAGAGCUGAGGAAGAUUACUCGAUGUACAAGCGAUCGUGGCGGAUGGCAAUUGAUGGUUAUCAACCCUCCAAGUGGGAGAAUGUUGGGUUUGUGGAGGCUUGGGCUUGUCUUGUUGGCCCGACCCAUGUGAUGUAACCCUAGGUUGUUUUUCCCCUAUAUAUAGAGGGCUUGUAUUUCUAAUCGAGUGACCACAAGUGAAAUAAGAAAUUCCUCCUGUUGCAGCCAUGGAUUAGGGAAACCGAACCACGUUAAAUUCUUGUGUGUCUUUUGUGUUCCGUUUCUCUCUUGAUUCUCGCAGAUAUUUGUGUGUGUUUUGUGUUAAUUCCCAACAACAUUCACUUAAUCAAUUAAACCAUAAGUG